AUGAAAGUGCCACCAAAAGAUGUUCGACUGGGUCUGGACAUUCAGUUAGCUGGUAUUGUCAUCGCGCGCAGCGAUCUGGAUGAGCGACUCAGGAAGAUCUGUCGUGAUACUGGGUCCGCCCUGUCGGGACGCAGUGUUUCUUUGCUCCCAGCUCUGACGUUCGACAUAUACCAAGCACGACUUCUACAGUUUACUAAUAAUGCCGAGAAAAUCUUCGAGGGUCUUAGACCCGCACUAUCUCAUGUCGCUGAUGUUGCUUACCCACUCCAAUGGAGACAGUACUGCUGGGGCCAUAGAGGGGCUUUGGUGACAAUUGAUUUCAUCGAUGGGGGAUUGAAUAACAAAGAGGGACUCGACGCAUGUAUUGAAUUGGCUUUGCAAUUAGCAAGAUGGGAAGGCUUUCCUAUCACUAAGGGAGCUGGAUUUGGCUACUCUGCUUCUCGGAUAUCGGCCAGUUUCACCAUGGCAGAGGACUCGGAUCCUUUCUUGCGCAUCUCUGUUGGGAUAGAGAGUGGCGAGGUUGACGCUUUGGUUGUUGUGGUCAAUAGAGCGACGUUGCAGUGUGCGAAGAGAUACUCAGGAUGAG